AUGGCUGAAGCUAUAGCAGGCUUUACCAUUGCAAAGCCACAUAUUCUUAACUCUCUGCAGAAAACAAAAUUGGACCUCAAACCAUGUUCGAGAUGGCUUUGGCAAUGUUCCAGCACUAGGCUUUUUAGUGGGUGGCAGCAGCCAAAAGGCAGCAACAGGAAAAGAGCUUCCUUAAGUAAAGUGAAUGCUUUCCCAGAUUGGCCUCUGAUGGCAGUUAUGGUGGAGCAUAUAGAAGGUCAAAGAGACCUUAUAACCUACAAAUCUAUAUGGCAUCUCAGUGAUCAAGCCAUAAAGAACGUCUAUGUUUUUUACAUUAUGUUCACUUGCUGGGGAUGUUUAUUCUUUGGUGCAAUGAAAGACCCAUACUAUGAUUCAGAGGCAUAUAGAAAAGAUGGAGGAGAUGGUAGUGGACAUUGGGUAUAUGACAAGCAAGAGGAUAUUGAAGAAUCUGCGAGAGCAGAGCUAUGGCGCGAGGAGUUGAUUGAGGAGAUUGAGCAGAAGGUUGGGGGUCUGCGAGAAUUGGAAGAAGCUGGUCGAAAAUAG